CUAAGAGCGAAGCAAACGUCUAUUUACAAUGUAUACAAAAGAGAGCUGGACGUGUAUUUUUAUUAUUAUUUGCAGUAUGCAGAGCGUGUGUCAUUGUUGUGACUGGAUCCGACACCACUACGGCCUCUUGAGCGCAGAAUACCUUUCCCUGCUGGACCAGAUGGGAGGAGACAUCACAGAGCAGGAGGCCCCUGUCUUUUUCCCCGAAUUACUAUACCGACGCAUAGAUGACGCCAAGUUUGAGGACCAAGUCAUAUUCCGGAACGAGACCAUCUAUCAAAUCACAAAACUGUUUGAUGGGAAUAUGAAGGCUGUCACCUGGGACAAGAAAAAGCUGGACGAUUUCCUCAACAUUCUCGAACGCCAGUUUGAGAACCUUAAAUCCUGUGUAUCACCUGCCGAGAAACCUGAGAGGAGACUGAAACGCUACUUCAAGAAGUUGAAUAGGAAGGUUCUGAGAAAAAUGAACUACAGUGCGCAGGCGUGGGAGCUCAUCAGGAAAGAGACGAAACAUCAUUUGCAAAGAUUGGAUAUUUUUAAGGCAAAGAUGCACUGAUCAUCCGGACUCAUCUCAGAAGCUACGCCCUUAACAGUUUAUAAAGAAUGCAAACAAUCACGUGGGACCCUGUUAGUCUAUUUAUUAUAUUUAAAUGCAUAAUUUAUUGUUUUUUAUUAUUAUAAAUUAAUAUGUAUAUUUUGUAUGUCCCUUUUGUGCCUAUGUUGAACUGAACUGUAUUACCUUUCUGCUUGAAUAACCUGUGAACAAAAUUGCAUAUUGAAAAUGUGUGUAGUUGAUUUUUGGAAUUUACCGAAUCAAGGUAGUAAGAAUGAACACCAUGAGCGAAAAGGAAAAGUUAAGCCAAUGUCACCACACUAUACUCUCGAAAUCGGUUACCGUUUUUUUAUAUUCAAUAUUGAAUAUGGGGUGGCAGGUAGCCUAGUUGUUAGAAUGUUGGGCCAGUAACCGAAAGCUUGCCAGAUCGAAACCCCGAGCUGACAAGGUACAAAUCUGUCGUUCUGCCCCUGAACAAGGCAGUUAACCCUCUGUUCCUAGGCCGUCAUUGUAAAUAAGGGUUUGUUCUUUAACUGACUUGUCUAGUUAAAUAAAGGUAAAAUAAUUGUUUUUAUAAUUGCCUGCUGAAUAACUGCUUUCUGACCUCAUGAAAUGCAAUUCUAUGCAAAGAGAUGUAUGAAAACUUAACUUGCUGGACAAAAAAAAUCAUUCUUAUUCAUUUCACAAUAGCAAAUAAAGUGGGGCUUGUAAAGGGAAGCUAAAGCCUGAA